CCGGCCGAACCUUGUAAUCUUGUGCUAUAUAACACGUACGCGUCCCUGCCAGAGUGCAUACGCUUCCACCAAUUCUUUCAUGGUAAUCAGAGCCUGCCUCGCUCACAUCCAUGGCGACGUCUUCAAGCUCCACCUCCUUCCCCUCGUCACCAUUUGCACACAGCGUCACUGAGAAGCUCACGAGAGGGAACGAGGCGCUAUGGCGUGCAACCGUGCUCUCGGCGAUCAGGGGGGCGCAAAUGCAAGGCUACUCGACAUCGACCAGGUAGUGCCCUCUCUUAACGUUGAAGUCACCUCCGACGAUGGCAAGACCAAGUCGAAGGCACCCAACCUGGAGUUCUCCGCGUGGUACGCGAAGGAUCAGCAGGUGUUCUCCUACCUGUUGUCCUCCCUGCCGCGCGAGAUGGCCAUCCAAGUGGCAACCUGCCACACCGCCGCCGAGCUCUGGAACACGGUGCAGGGGAUGCUAGCCUCGCACACCCGCGCCCGCACCGUCAACGUCAGAAUUGCACUGGCGAAUCUUCAGGAGGGCAACUCCAACAUCACUGAAUAUGCUGGUAAGAUUAGAUUUUUAUGUGAUGAACUUGUUGCUUCAGGAAAGAAAGUAGAUGAGGAGGAUGUUGUGUCUCAUAUCCUUGCUGGACUCGAUGAGGAGUUCGACCCCGUGGUUUCUGCCAUGUGCUCUCGGGUCGAGCCGGUGACCGUCCCCGAGCUGUACUGGCAGCUUUUGAGCUUCGAGACACGUAUGAAUCUGCGCGGCGGGUCCUCCCAGUCCUAUGCAAACGCGGCCUCCCGCGGACGCUCCAACAAGCACAACAACAGCAGCAACGGCGGCGGCGGUGGUGACCGCGGCCGCAACUUCCCCAGGCAAGGCGGUGGCGGCAGCGGUGGUGACCGCGGCCGCAACUUCCCCAGGCAAGGCGGUGGCGGCGGCGGUGGUGACCGCGGCCGCGGCAACUUCAACAAGUAGCCGAACCGCGGCAACAUGGGGGGCAACAACGGUGGUGGCGGCGGGAACUACAACAACAAUCCCGCUACCAAGGUUGCUUGUCAGAUCUGCGGCAAGCUCUCGGGCAUCCAGUAUGGAAGUGCUGGAAGCGCUACGACUCCUCCUAUCAAGGAGGGGAAGAGCGCUCGGUGAACGUGGCGGCGGCUCCCCAGUACGACGUGGACACGAACUGGUAUAUGGACAACGGAGCCACUGACCAUAUCACCAGUGACUUGGAGAAGCUGACUGUCCGGGAGAGGUACACCGGCGGCGAACAAAUCCACACAGCAAAUGGAUCAGGAUCUGGAAACGAGGAGGGUCAUUCUUCGAGGCAGGGGUAGAGGAGGUCUCUAUCCUGUCAAACACACCGGAGGAAACGUCAGGAAGAAAGUGCUAAGUGUCACUAGACCAUCUUUGGACUGGUGGCACCGACGUUUUGAUCACCCAUCUUCCAUUGUUGUUAGGAAUAUUCUUAGUGAAAAUAAACUCCCGUGUGAUAGUAAUAAUGAGAAUAAUCUUGUUUGUGACGCAUGCCAAAAAGGCAAAAGUCACCAGUUGCCUUAUCCAAAAUCUUUUAGUGAAUCAAAGUUUCCUUUGGAACUCAUUUUCUCUGAUGUAUGGGGUCCUGCCAUUGAAACCGUAGGA